AAUGUCGUCAUCACGCACCAAUAGCGUGGCAGUCACGCUGGGGGUCGAGGUUGCCGCGUGUUUGCGGCGCUCGGGAGCUCGCCAUCGUAAUUAUAAAACAAAUUGAAGGUGAUUUCACAAUAUUCAAAUGACAAUUAAUGGUAGUGCAAGGCAAAUGAAGAUGAAGAAAAAGAAGGACUCUGUGCAUGCAGAUAAUGGCACGAAGCAAGAGCAGGUCAAGAAAAGAAAGGGUCAUGUCCAUGCUAAAACCAGUGAAAUUCCUGGUAAUGUCACUGUUGAGAAAGUAAAAAAUACUAAGGCUAUUGCAGAUACAAAAUGGCCAAAGAAACGGAAACGCAAUGAAGACUCUUCUGAACAGCAGCGCCCAGCUAAAAUUCAACACCAAGAUGGUGCACCGAACUGGCGGCAGGUCCGGGCCGACGCCGCUGAGAUCAAGGAUCGCAGAAAGGCACACAACAAAAUGUACGAAGUCGGAAAACACAUGAAGAAACUUUGGGAAGAGGUACGCGUAGACAAGUGUCCGGAGGAGCGUCGGCGCCAGCUGCUGCCCGAGCUGGUGAACAUGGUGCGCGGCCGCGUGCCGCAGAUGGUGCGUGCUCAUGACCGGGCGCGCGUCUGCGAGACCCUGUUCGAGCUGGGCGGACCCGAGACACGCGCAGUGCUGUUUGACGAGGUGCGGCAGCAGCUGGUCGAGCUGAGUCGUGACAAGUACGCGCGCCACUUCGUGCUCAAGAUUCUCUCGUACGGCAGCGCCGAGCAGAAGCAGGCGGUGGGCGAAGGGUUUCGUGGCCGCGUCCCGGCGCUCAUGGGCCACAAGUUUGCCAGCGAGGUUGGUGAGGCGUACUUUCGGGACUGCGCGCCACCCGAGGCGCAGCAGCGCAUGCUGAUGGAGUUCUACGGCACCGAGUUCCUGAUUAUGGGCAGCGAGCCGCGAGAUAUGGCUCAGCUGAUCGCCGAGCACCCGGAGAAGCGGGUCAUCUACCUGACCAACACGCGCAGCCAGCUGCAGGCCCUACUGGACAAGCAGCUGCUGACCGGCACGCUGGCGCACCGGCUGCUGCGCGAGUACCUCAGCCUCUGUGCCGAGGCCGACCGCGCCGACGUGGUCGAGUCACUGCGCGAGGCAGUCGUCACCAUGCUACACACUAAGGACGGUGCUCGCGUCGGCCUCAUGUGUCUCUGGUGGGGCACCGCCAAGGACCGCAAGGCCAUCGUCAAGUCGCUAAAGACGUACGCACAGAAGGCGUGUACGGAUGAGCACGGCUUCCUGGUUAUGCUAGCGCUAUUUGACGUGGUGGACGACACCCGGCUGGUCCGCAAGGCACUGCUGGACGAGAUGAUGACAAACAUAGUGGACAUCGUGGCCAGCGAGCACGGCCGCAAGGUGGUGCACUACCUGUUAUCGCCACGCAGCACGGUCUACUUCCACCCACAGCUGAUCGCCACGCUAGCCGAGGGCGACCAGAACAGUACCAGUAAGAAGGAUCCGGAGGUGCGGCGUCGGGAGCUGCUGGAGGGCGUCAGCGAACCGCUCCUGAAGACGGCCAGCAUCCACUGUCUAGAGUGGAUGGCCGACAGCAACAUGUGCAUCCUGAUGACACACAUCCUCACCAAGUGCACAGCCGACUCACUGAAGCUGCCACUGAUGCAGCUGGCCCGCCGGCUGGCUGAGCCGGUCACCUCCACCGCCGACGGCCACCUGGUCAACAACUCCGCCGCGUACAUGCAGCUCAAGAAGCUGAUCCAGGCGGACCGGCAACGCAGUGUCGCCAAUGCGUCCGUGCUGUUUUCCACGCUGAUCCUUCAGGAAUUAUCAGCUGACGCGCUGAUCUCAUGGCUGGCCUCCAACCGAACGGCAUUUCUUCUGGUGAUAAUGCUGGAGACCGAGGUGCCGGCGGUGGUGGAGAAGGUUUUAGAAGUGAUGCUUCCACACAGCAAAAAACUAAAGCCUGCGUGCAAAGGAGCGGAAAUUCUGAAGAAGAAGCUGUCGGCAGCGUCUAAACAGAUGAAAACCACCUACUGCGGCGACUGAGGCUGUAAAAUCCAGUGACGCAAAGCGGGGAGGGGAGGGGGCGCAGUGACCUGUUGAAGUAGCCGUGCUUGAUAUGUGUACCUGCCGGUGGUAUUUGUUGGUGGCUUGGAAUACAGCGUCCUGAAGUUCUUUUGCGGCCAGCGAA